AUGGCAGCACGCAAUAUUAAUAACAUCAAUGUCCCAGCACUCGCUAACCGAAUCAGGAUAAUCACAAGGCUCAAUCAUCCUACACCUCGAAACACAGAAGAAUUAGCAAGAAAUUUCGAUGGCAAUAUCAAAGUUUUGGGCCUUGAUGUUUUGCUUCUUACAAUAACGCCAGCGUGUAGUUUGAUGAAUAUUCAUAGGCGCAACAUUAUUCGAAGAAUUGGUAAAUAUAUUUGGCGCGGUUUUAACCUCUUUCAGAAAGGAUUCUUUACCAAUCUCGCUCAGAGGAUUAAUAGAUAUCGAGCUAGACAACUUGGUCAAACUAUGAUUUAUCCUAAACGACAAGCUCUUAAUGAUUUUAUUUAUGGCUGGGACUUUCAUUAA